CUUUAAUGGGAACCAUUCAUUCAAUAUAUUAUCUGGAAUGUUUUGAAAAGUUCGCAGAUUCAACUGCUGGAUUACCCUCAUGUGAACUACCCUGAGGUCGUUUAUACAGCUCAGGUGCCGAAUUGAUGGCUAGUCAAAGUUAAUACAAAAUAAAAGCGGAUGUAAACAUUUUUUGCUGGAUGUUAUGGAUUAGUUUCAUAUACUGUAACUUUUCAUACUACUCACACGUCAGAGUUCCUAUUUGAUUCUGGGUCGAAUUACGGCAUAACAGCGACCUCUUGCGCAAAGACUAACAAACCGGCAAUAAACCUGUUACUGCUUCGCAAUGACAACUGUACAAGUAAUGUACUGGUGUCUUAAAGGGGUCCGUGUAGUGUUUGUUCAGGUGAAUAAUCAAUUUAUUACGAUAGUGGAGGAACAGGAAUUAGCUCGUUCAUUUUUACAUUUAAUAUCUGUCAACCUUUUUACUUUUAAAAUAAACAAUACCAUUUUUUAUUUUUUCAUUUAUUUUAUUCUGAUCACGAAGUGGAAAAACAUGAAGUUGUUUGGUUUUAGAAUGUUAUGAAAGAAAAUUGGAUAUGUAUAUGUUUAUGUUCUCCAAAUUGGAUUUUAAAAAUAGUUAUUGUUUUUCUGUUAUUUUCUUACACGUGUUGUUCAACCAUUGUAUCUAAACUGCAUGUACAAUGCUAAUAACUUGACUCUGCAUUGCUAGGACUUCAAAUAGAAACACAAAUUCCCCCAACUGGCUUCUACUCAUUGGUUUUCGAAAGCAUUCCCACAUGGGUCAUUAAAACAUGAACACUAUGGGAUUAUUAAAACAUUCUAAGACUUGUUUGGCUUUUCAUUUGUUGAUUUAUCAUUGGAAUGAAGAAACACAUUUACUUUCACUCAGUCAAAAAUCUAUAAAGAUACAGUGCAAAAAGAGCUAUACAUUUCCGUUAACUUGAUUUCUGUCAUGGUCAAAUUUGGUUGGGAUAGUUAAAAUCAGUGUGUGUAAUGGUGCACACAGACCUAAGAGUGUCCACAAUAUUUUCGCAGUGUAAUCUCUUCAUGAAAAUGGGACUGUUUUCAGACUGAAACCCUAUGCAAAUUACACUUAUUAAAUAUAGAAUGUUUGUAAUAGCAUCUGUACAUAUUCCGGUUUGGCCUAGGAGAGGGAGCUGCCAAUUCUAUGACAAAAAAACAACACUGCAACCAUUUGCUAUGCUCGGUUGUUUCUGGUUGUGUGGGCUGUGGAGCGCCCUUUACAGAAAUUUGGCGAAUUCUAAUGUCACCAAGUCUGGUAUGUGCUGGAUGGAUGUAUAAGAAUUUUCCCAGCUGGAGCCCGCUCAUCGACAGAUCGAUUCCAAUGACAUUCCAAUGUGCUUAGUAAAUAAUUAAGAUGGCUAUCCAGGUAAACGUUUGAGCAGAGGAACAUAACUUAAACAUUCUCUACUUGGUGGAUUCAGUUGGCUUUGUCACUGACUCAAAGGUUUGCUCAUUCUGAUGGCAAUUUACAGGUUUAUUAGCUCUCAUACUGUUUGUGUUCAGAAGGGUGUUGCCUGCUCUGCUGACCAAGUAGGCAUAUCCUUGAGACUACAUUAUUUAUGUAACAAUGUAACCAUUCCUUAUCACUGAGUCAGUCCACCAGCUGAGACCAGUAGCCCAGGAACGCCCCUGCACUCUGACACAUCUUUAUGCAGACUUCAUUGCGUUAUGCAAUAACAUUUUGAAAUCAUGUUUAUUAAUUUCAAUGUUUGCUCUUCAUUCAUGUAUAGUGAAAGUACACAGAAUAGUGGUCAGCAAACCAAACUACCCACUGAUGCCAAGGGACGGUACUUCAUUGACCGCAAUGGCACACACUUUGGUGCCAUUCUCCAGUUCCUACGCACACAGCGACUGCCCACAGAGAACAUUCUGGAGGUUUACCAGGAGGCGCUCCACUAUGACAUCAAAUCCCUGGUGAAGCAGUUGCAGGACUCUGCACAAGUGUUUGGAGAAACAGUUGGGCGGCAGCAAUUCAUUGCCAGAGUCCCCAACUACCAGGAGAACCUGGAGGUGUUGGUGAGAGUGGCCCGAGCAGAAGCCAUUGCUGCCCGUCACUCUGCUGUCAUUGUGUGUGUUAUAAGAACAGAAGAGGACCUAGAUCGCUGUGGCAAUGCUGUCAGCAACCUGGAGGAUCAGGAAGUGGUGCGGUUUGGACCAUGGAAGGCCCCUCCAACUGCAAUUGACCUGUUGGACUGCAUCAAGAUCGAUGUGGAAGCAAGGGGAUACAAAGUCAGAUAUGAGCCUCACAGCUCAGACAGAGGUUUUCUGUUCAAGACCAAUGAUGAUUUCCUUUACAAACUCAUCUUCACCUGGUGGUAACAGAAAAACUAGGACCAUAUGGCAAAACAACCAAGAUGCCUAGGGCUAAGAAUGACAGUAUCUACUGUAUGUUGUGUAUAACAUCUAUAGCUUUGAUGGCGUUGCAUACUCCUUGAACCUCAGAAUUGAAGAUUGGAACCAACUCAGAGUGGUUAUCAUGGAAGGUCAUGAGUUUCAUGUUCUGUCCAAUGAAGUUAGGGUCUUAUUUUAGUGACAUGAUUGAUGCAUGACUGUCAUUUAAAUAAAAAUGAUUUUGAUCUUU